UUCCAACUCUCACAUCUCGCGUAUCAAUAAUUGAGGCGCGCGCCAGAGAGCAGACGGAGCUUCCCCUCCCGCGCGCUGCUAUGAGUGCUGCUGUCCGCUCGCUCGGCGCGCGACUCUCCCUCUGUGCGUUGUGGACCAGGAGCCGCUGACAGAGGAACUAUUCGGUUCUGUUUCUGGUUCGGCAUGUUGGCGCUGUGCCUGCUUAGUGCCGUCUGGCUCGCGGCUGGCCCGGUUCGAGCUCAAAAUGAGACCGAGCCCAUCGUGCUGGAAGGGAAGUGUCUGGUGGUGUGCGACUCCAACCCGACCUCGGACCCAACGGGAACCGCGCUCGGCAUCUCGGUGCGCUCCGGCAGCGCGAAAGUGGCUUUCUCCGCGGUCCGGAACACCAACCACGAACCUUCCGAGAUGAGCAACCGGACCAUGGUCAUCUACUUUGACCGGGUUUUAGUAAACGUUGGGAGGAAUUUCGACGAGGAACGAAGUAAUUUCAUCGCGCCGCGGAAAGGGAUUUACAGUUUUAACUUCCACGUAGUCAAAGUCUACAACCGCCAAACCAUACAGGUGAGCCUGAUGCACAACGGUUGGCCAGUGAUUUCGGCAUUCGCCGGUGACCAGGAUGUGACGCGCGAGGCUGCCAGCAACGGCGUUCUGAUCCAGAUGGAGAAGGGGGACCGGGCCUACCUCAAACUGGACAGGGGAAACCUGAUGGGAGGAUGGAAAUACUCCACCUUCUCCGGCUUCCUGGUGUUCCCAUUGUAGAGAGGAAGGAGAUCAGGAGGAGAGGGAGCUGGGGAUGGAGACCAAAGAGGAGGCGCCGUUGGAAGAUGGAAAGUUCAGAAGAAAAAAAAAAGCGGACACAUAUGAGUUGGAGGAAGAGAAGAAGAAGAGGAAGAAAAGACAAGGCGUGAUAUCAGACUUCUGUUUGCAGCGGGAGGAAGGAUGAGAGAUGUUAGGAUGAUUUAUGAUGAAGUUUGAUUACAGGAAUAAGAAAAGCGGGUACAUGAGAGUACGGCCACCCUCUUCCUUUCAGUCCCUCCUUUCAUCCAUCCCUUCAUCCAUCCUUUUCCUCUCUUUUUUUGUGGCUUGACUGCAGCUUUGGACAGCCAAAACUUUUUUAAUUCUCUGCUGAAAAAUGCAGCUGAUCAUUUUAAUGUGUCAGAGUGGUCUGAAGUGUAAGAAUCCCUCCUUUCCUCCUCAGUCCUUCACCCGGCCAUCCGUUUAUUAAACCCCUUCAUCGAUCACCUUAAACAUCAACUCUGAUGAAUGUUUAUCUAGGAAUUGCUCCUACAGUGUUGCCAUAUUUGUUGUCUUUUUUUAAUUUACAACAAGCUUUGCUUUUGGGUUCUGAUCCCUUUUUUAGUUCUAAAACCGAACUAAGAUUUCAUUUAAAACAGGAAACAGAUACUGCUGGUAACAUGAUUACACCCUGAGGAUGUUAUCCCUCCUUGCAGAUGCUGGGUAAUAAUUUUUCUACAUGAAAUAUCACAAUAUAAAGUUAAAGUGACGUUAAAAACACAAGCUCAGUUUUAGUCUAUUUCUGCAGUCAAAGUGGUGCAUAUUUCAUUGCAUAUCACAAAAAUAAGCAUUUACAAUAGUUACAACAGCGUGGAUCGCUUCUGUUCUUGCUUCUUUGUCACUUGUUUCAGAUCAUCAGACAAAUUUUUAAAUCACUCAGAUAGCCGGAAAAAUAAAUAAAUAAAUACCAAAAGCAGUUUUCAAAUGUUGAUUUUUUUUUGUUAAGGAGAAGUUAAAUAUCCAAAGCAACCUGAACCUUUAUGUAAAAAUAUAUCAUCAUUUGUUAAAUCAUGAAUUAACAGUGAUUAUACAAUGGUCUGGGUGAAUACUUGAUUGUGAUUGGCUGCAGGUUGUCCGUUGAGAAGUGUUAUAGGAGACCUAUAAAAAAAAAAAUUAGGUCAAUUAGCCUGUUUUAAAUGAUUGCGCUGAUGUUACCUGCUAACGGCAAGACAGUUGAUAUUAAAUAGUUAUCUCAGCCGCUUCUUGUAAAAAACUUUAACGUAUUAAUAAUUGAGUUAAUAUUUCUUUCUUUCGUAGGUGACCAUGGUAUAAGUGGGAUAAUGUCCUUCAAGGUGUCCAUUAGCAGAAAUGAAUUAACUUUGCGGAAGCAACUUUCCUCAGCUUCACGUCACUCCGUGUCGCCAUUCAUUUCUAAUUAUGGAGAUUAAGUUGAAUCCAGUUUCACCAUCAACCCGUCACACUAAAACCACAUCAAACGGGUUAAGAUAUGUUGUGUUCCCCUCCCCGCAUAAUUAAUGAAAUUAUUAUUUCGAAGCAAAUUUGUACUCAUGGUAUUUUUGAUGAUCUGAAACAUUUAUGUUUGAUAAAAAAAGGACAAAAACAGAAGAAAUCUAUAAAUCAAUUGUUUAUCCCUUGUAAUUUUGAUUAUUAUAGUUUACAGGUAAUGAAAACCCAAAAUUAUUUUUUUUUUGAAAGUUUGAAUACCAAAUAAAAGCGUUCUUGCUAAUGUAGGCUUAAUAUAAAUGACCAUUCUGAUUUUAGGCAUCGACUAAACUUAGACUUUCACUUCAAAUUUAGUCUGAUGUUGUCUGAAACGUCUUUGGACAUCUUAGGCUUUGACUAGGACGUUAUUUGCUUCCAAAAAUGCUCAGCAACAAGAUUUUAAGUUGGUAGUUUAAAAACAAAUUAGUAAAAUUUUUGUUUUCCCCACACAUUUAUUUACUAGCAGUUAUGAACAUAAAACAAAAUGUAAUUUAAUACAUUUUGUCAUAUGAACUUGCCAGUAUACAGGGGUGUUUGUGCAAGCUUUAGUACGUAAAAUUUUAUUAUUAAAGCUCAAAUAAUGAAAUAUUGAUACAAAAAGAAAAAUAUGUUAGUUUUACUUGAUAGCUUUAUAAAUAAAAAAAUGCAUUUUAUUUAAAGGCACCUUUCAUGUCACUCAAGGUCACUAAACAAGGAAAAAUACAAGAGCAAUAAAAGAGAUAAACAAUAAAACAGUAUGUAAUCAUUUAAUAAAAUCCCAAACAAUUAUUGGUGUAAUUAAUAACGAGAUUAGAUACAAUCAGAAAUUUUUAAAGAAGUGAGUUUUAGGAUGAGAUCUAAAUGAGGACAGAGAAUCGGAUGGUGGGGUUGUACGGGGACAAAAUUUGUUUAACUCCAAGAUGACAAAUUAAUUUUAAAGCAAAUUAAACCAAAAAAAAUAAGAAUUGUAAUUAUGGUUUUAAACAACAUUAGGUUUAAAAUACACUGAUGAACAGGUGAGCCAAAUGUUAAGUAAUUAUUUGGUUAAGAUGUUAUUUAAAAAAAA